AUGGGGAAGGUACGUUCAGCGCCGUGUGCACCCCGGAAACAGGGGUUCAAUAAAGGUGCACAUUCAAUGAACCCAGAUAGACCGACUGAAGGAUUGAAAGGAGUUGCAAAGCCCAGGACUAAAGCAACCAUCAAACGGCUUCAGAUGUACAGAAACUUUAAGGCCAAGAGAGAUAAAACUGGUAAAAUUUUGACCCCAGCACCAUUCCAAGGUUGGUUACCAUCAGGAACCCAAGCUCGUGUGGAACCUAGCCAGAAGUGGUUUGGCAACUCACGAGUAAUAUCACAGAGUGCUCUCCAAAAGUUCCAAGAUGAAUUUGGCGCAGCUGUCAAGAAUCCAUACCAAGUGAUUAUGAAACCCACAAACCUACCAAUCACAUUGCUCAAUGAAAAAGCAAAAAAUGCAAGAGUACAUUUGUUGGACACCGAAGGCUUCGACAAAACAUUUGGCCCGAAGAAACAAAGAAAGAGAGUUAAUUUAAAGUUCAGUGACUUAAAUAGUUUGUCAAAGGCUGUAGAAGAAAGCACAGAAAAUUAUGAUGAAACAAAAGAUGUGGACAGAGUCCGUGAAGACACAGGCGUCAAAGAAGGACAGAGAGACUGGGUCUUUGGAGCUGGUAUGAGCAAAAGAAUUUGGAAUGAAUUGUACAAAGUAAUAGAUUCUUCUGAUGUCCUCUUACAAGUAUUAGAUGCCAGAGAUCCCAUGGGCACUCGAUGCCCUUAUGUUGAGAAGUUCCUGAGAGAAGAAAAGAAGCACAAACACCUUAUAUUUAUUUUAAACAAAGUAGAUUUAGUACCAAAUUGGGUGACACAGCGUUGGGUCGCUAUUCUCAGUACUGAAUACCCCACUAUAGCUUUCCAUGCUUCAAUGACUCAUCCCUUUGGAAAAGGUUCUCUUAUCAACUUGUUGAGACAGUUUGCUAAAUUACACAUUGACAAGAAGCAAAUCAGUGUUGGUUUGAUUGGGUAUCCUAAUGUCGGGAAGUCAUCAGUCAUCAAUACACUAAGAGCCAAGAAAGUAUGCAAGGUGGCACCUAUAGCUGGUGAGACUAAAGUAUGGCAAUACAUCACAUUGAUGAGGAGAAUAUUUUUGAUUGAUUGUCCUGGUGUGGUGUAUCCUUCCGCUGAAACAGACACUGAGAAAGUACUGAAAGGAGUAGUAAGAGUUGAAUUAGUACAAAAUCCAGAAGACUACAUAGAGGAAGUUAUAAAGAGAGUCAGGAAAGAGUAUUUAGUGAAAACAUACAAAGUAGAUGCAUGGGACACUGCUACUGAAUUCCUAGAGAAACUUGCCGCUCGUACUGGGAAAUUAUUGAAGAAAGGUGAACCCGAUGUUAGUCAGGUAGCUAGGAUGGUUCUAAAUGAUUGGCAGAGGGGGAAACUACCAUUCUAUGUAGCUCCCGAAGGUUUUGAAGUACCGCUUUCAAAACAAGAAAACAAUGAAAAAACAGAAGAAGUUAAAGCUAGGGCUGAGGAGAAGAAAGAUGAGGCUGUUGAAGAACCAAAAGAAGAUGCAGAGAAAGAAAAUGAAGAUAAUGUUGACAAACCUGUUUACAUCAACAAAUUAAUUGUUGCACAAGAUUUUGCAAAGAUUAGGGUUGGCCUACAAUUUGAUAAUGAUGAUGAUGUUAAACCUCUAGAGAAGUUUGAUAUACCUGAAGAGCUUCAAGGCAUUGAUGAUGAAGAUGCAGAGAAUGAUGAAUCUAAGAGUGUCAAUGAGGAAAAUGAUAAGAAUGACAAUGAGGACCCUGACUCAUCAGACAUUAGUGACUUUUAUAGUGAGGAUGAGAAUAAUUGUAGUGAUUUAGAAGAUCACUUAACAAAUGACCCAGAGACUGUGAAAGAGAUGAAACGCAAGAAACUUGAAGCUGCUAGUGGUCAGUUUACAGUUGAAGAAAUAGCUAGUGGCAAGAAAAAUAAGGCAGGAGUUAAGGAUGGUGGAGUUAAGAAAAUGACUGCGAAAGUCAGAAGAGCUUUGGAAAGAGCUCAGAAGAGAACUAAAACAGGAAGCAACUUCUAUGAAGUCUCUAAUGUUAAGAACAGAAAUAGAGCAAAGAAACCCCGUGUCUGA